AUGGCGGCCCAGAGCACCCCAAAGGGCAUGUCCUCGAGACUGCUAACUAUGAAGUUCAUGCAGCGAGCAGCAGCCACAUCUUCGCCAGCAUCAGCAUCCAAUCCAAGCACGCCCGUUUCCGAAGAGUCCUCUUCGAAGCGACGCAAGAUCUCUCACAGCCGCUCUAGUAAACAGGACCCUGAUGUCCUAGUGGAUCGCCAAAAGAUCCAAGCUGCCAUAGACGAGGACGAGCGCAAGCGUGAGGAUGCUAUAGUGAAGCGUGCCGCAGAGCUUGGCGAUGCCCGAUGGGUACUCGACGUCGCCGGCCUAUCUAAUCCUAGUGCCGCAGCUACGAAGCCUCUACAGGUUGUCCAGGUUGGCUAUGCUCAGAUUGAUUCACCUGAUAACUCAGAAGACGACUCAGAGCCCGCCGACGAGGCGCACAGCAGAAGUGCUCAGGCAAAUGAUUCUAAUGACGACUCCGAUGACUCGUCUGAUGAUGAUUCAGACUCAUCCGACGAAAGCUCAUCAGCAGAUGAAGGUGGCCGUGGUUCCCGCCCAAAUUCAGCCAACAGGACGAACUCUACUCCCAAAGGUGGAUAUGCGAACAAGAAAAAUGCUGAGAAGGAAAGAGCCAAAGAGUUUGCAGAUAAAAGGAGGAAGAAGGAAAUCAAGUUGAACCACAAACCCCAGUCUCCAGGGCUGUCGUCGAUAUCCAACGCAGGGGGCAUGCAAUCACUGUCCUCAGGAGGUCGUCCCACGCAGCGACAAUCUGGUGUUUUCUCGUUCACUUGUCAUAACUGCGGACAGACUGGCCACAAAGCCGCCGAUUGCAAGAAACCCAAGCAUCGCUCCCGAUGA